AUGGCUCAGCGUGGAAAGUCUACUCCUAAGUAUAUUGGCAAGCUGUUUAUAAGCCAUUUGGGCAUCAUUGAUGGUCUUACGCCACAACAUGUCAAGGAUUCAAUGAAGCAUAUGUUUGGUAUCAAGAUGGAUUACACUACUUCAUACAGAUCUUUGAUAUAUGCCCAACAAUUGGUCAGGAGAACAGCUGAAGAUGGAUAUGCGAGUCACCCAGCUUACCUACAUUCAGUUAACAAAGCCAAUCCGGGAACUGUAUCAGCUCUUCAUGUAGAUUCCAAUAACAAAUUCAAAUAUCUAUUUCUCGCAUUUGGAGAAUCGAUUGCCGGUUUUCAGUACAUGAGAAGAGUUAUUGUGGUGGAUGGAUGUCAUCUAACAGGGAAAUACGAAGAUGGUUAUCCUUUGGUGAUAGUUUCUGACAGACAUCUUUCUAUUAAAAAAGUUUGUCAAACUGUUUUCCCAUGGGCAAAACGAGGGAUAUGCUAUCAUCUACAACAUAACAUAGUAACAAAGUUUAAGGGGAAGCAAUUGCUGUACUUGGUCAAAUCUGUGGCUUAUGCUUACAACCUCUAUGACUACAACCGGUACAUGGUGGAGUUAAGACAGAUCAAGCCUGAGCUUGCUGACUAUUUGGAAGAAGCCGAUGUCUCCCUUUGGUCCCGAAUUCAUUAUGUUGGAGACAGAUACAAUAUUAAGACUAGCAAUGUCGCAGAGUCUAUAAAUGCUGCACUUAAGAAGGCCCGUGGCUAUCCCAUAUCAUUCGUCUUGGAUUUCAUACGAGAGAAGCUCGGUCGGUGGUUUUUAAAACACAGAGAGGAUGCUUUGAGUCUCACAACACAUAAUACUCGGGGAGUGGAGUAUUUUCUGGCGAUUCGUGGACAUUAUGCAGAUGCAAUGGAGGUGGACCGAAUUGACACUUGGAGAUACUAUGUGAAAGGAGGAACCAGGAAUUGUAUUGUUGAUUUGGAACAUGGAAUGUGUGAGUGUGGUGUGUUUUAUAUCGAGAAAAUCCUAUGUUCACAUGCUAUUGCAGCUGCAUUAGCCGGUGGGAUAGCUGUGGAUUCCCUUGUAUGUCCUACUUACUCAAAAAACUACUUGUUUGCUGCAUAUUCUGCCAACAUAUAUCCCCAAAUUUCAGAGGUCCAAGAGUCCAACUAUCAAUAUGUCUGCCACCAGACAUUCGCCGCAAACCAGGCAGACAGAAGAAGUCUCGGUGGCAAUCAUGGCUAA